AUGGCUAUUUUCUCUGGCAAUAGUGAUGAAAUAAAAGUACAUAUUGAUAGAAUAACACUGUGUGUACUUGAAAAUCUUGCACUGAAUGGAAACAAGCUUAAAUGGACAAAUGAUCUUCAGCGAUUAAAGCAUUUCAUUGAAGAAAUAGUUGGUAUCAAAGGCAAAUGUCUUCGCCUGGUGGUGGCUCAAGGUGCUUUAAAUCGCAACGUGGCCCGUUUCAAGUAACAUGGUAUUUUAAGAAGCAAUCUACAUUACUUUUUCAAGCGAAAGUCGCUGAAGAUUUGGCAGUUAAACUAAAAGAGGCGAUUACAAAAGCGAUCGAAGAUGCUGAAAACCUUGCCAAACACAAAGAUGGCGCCUCUGAAGUCGAAACCUCGAAUUUCAAACACACAGGAGAAUCACUCCCAAAGGAGCCAGUGUCUUGUUCCUUCCGAGAACUCAUAGAGGAUGUUGAACGUGUAAAGCUUGACAUGGUUAAAAUGAAAAAAAAAAUUAAUGCAAAAUUGGAAGCAAUAUCGAAUAGUGCAGCAAAUGAAAAACCAAAGGAAAACCCAAAAGAAGACAAGUCUCGGCAGGAGAUUGCCCACCAUGAACAAACUAUUCAAGAAUUACAGAGCAAAAUUACAUUGUUAACGAAGUUGUACAAUAAAAAACUUGAAUAA